AUGGUGCUCUCUCGACCCGACACUAAAUUAUUCAUGAAGCCACGAAGCCUGUCCAUGACUUCGAUCUUGUACUAUAUGCAUUCCGAGCUUUCAAGCUUUACUGGUCAGCAUCGCUUUGUUAAAAUGUCGAGCAUACAAAGAGGACUGCAUUCGUUCCAUAAGCUGAGAAAGCCACUGACUUACCUCGUCUGUCACUGGUUGCCGCACGCUGACUGUACGGGAUCAAAAUGUCCGGCAGACGUGUUGCAAAAUCAAGAAACGUAUUCCAUGGUCUCAGUCCUUCCCGAAAAGGCAAGACCAAUAGCAGCUCUCGAGCCUUUGACGAGGCCCGCUGCGCGCCAGAUCAUUCAUUCGUCGCAUUUCGACAGUCGUAAGUCCGUUCAUUCACCUCAGCGCACGCUCAAUCCUACCUGGAGAACUCAAGCCCUUAGUCCUGCUGGACAACGCUUGAGAUACAAAAUGCCGCCAUCGAACGGUCGAGGCGAGCUCCUGUACAACGAGAAAAAAGAGCUGGAGCGUCUGGAAGAGAUGCGUGCGCAACUAAAAGAUCGAAUGGUAAAGCUGGAGCUUUGGGAUGUCGGCGAGGAGAGCGAUUCGCGCUUGGAAGCAUUGGUCGAGCAGAUUGCGUCCAUGCCUCUCAACUUGCUAUACCACCCUAAAGUGAUGAGGGAUUUGAAUGAGCGAACUAUGAGGAUCCCAGCGACUGCCCAAAACCGCCAAAAGCAGUCAGUUAGCUUUACGAACGGAUUAUCUGUAGUCGCGCACCUUCAAACCGAGCGCAACUAUCUGCCUCUCGAUCGCGCUCGCACAAGCGAUGCCAAGACCGCCGACUCGACCGGCAGAUCGAAGCCUCCAAUUCAGAUCGGAAAUAAUGAGGAUCAGACCCAGUGUCGACGUAUCAAGCAUUCAAGGAGCCAAGGGACGGACACUAUAUACGUCGAAGCGAGCGCGCAGGGUGGCAGAAAGCUGUAUUAUGUUGGCCGCCGCAUGAGUUAUCGCAGUCGGAGCGGGAGUUGA